UACCUUCUGAGUACUGAGGAAAGAAUCAAAUGGCCUUACUGAUCUUUGUCUUCCUCUUCGUCACUUUCAUCCUCGCUUUCCUCCGCCUCCUCUCCGGCAAUCACCGCCGUCUGCCGCCGGGGCCGAAAGGUUGGCCGAUCAUCGGGAACCUUCCGCAACUGGGCCCCAAACCUCACCAAACCUUACACGCCCUUUCCAAAACAUUCGGCCCGAUCGUCAGCCUCCGUUUCGGCUCCGUCAACGUAGUCGUGGCCUCCUCCGCCGCCGCCGCUUCACAAUUUCUCCGCACACAGGACGCAAAUUUCAGCAACCGGCCGCCCAACUCCGGCGCUGAGCACGUCGCAUACAACUACCAGGAUCUCGUAUUCGCACCGUAUGGUGCGCGGUGGCGCAUGCUGAGGCGUCUAUGCGCCUUGCAUCUAUUUUCCGCGAAAGCGAUGGAAGAUUUUCGGGACGUGCGGCGAGGGGAGGUGGAUGAGCUCGUGCGGGAGUUAGCGAAGAAGGUUGGAGAGGCUGUAGAUGUUGGUGGGGAGGUGAACACCUGUGCGACCAAUGCGCUGACACGUGCGACGGUGGGGCGGCGGGUGUUCGGGGGAAAGGAUGAGAGGGAAGGGGCAGAGGAGUUUAAGGAGAUGGUGGUGGAGCUCAUGAAGCUCGCCGGAGUUUUUAAUAUAGGGGAUUUUGUCCCCGGCUUGGCAUGGCUUGAUUUACAGGGAGUGGUGAAGAAGAUGAAGAAGUUGCAUGGCAGAUUUGAUGAAUUCUUCGAUGGAAUAAUUGCUGAGCAUAGAGAAGCAGAAGAGAAAGCUGAUUCUGAUGGAAAGCGCAGCGAUAUGCUCAGUAUACUCAUUGGACUAAAAGAGGAAGCUGGUCGAGAAGGAAUCAAGCUCACAGAUACAGACAUCAAGGCUCUCCUACUGAAUCUUUUUACAGCUGGAACUGACACAACGUCGAGCACAGUAGAAUGGGCUUUGGCCGAGCUAAUCCGUCACCCAAAUCUUCUAAAGCAAGCCCAAAUUGAGCUCGACUCGGUUGUCGGAUCCGAUCGGCUCGUCUCUGAGUCUGAUCUCCCCAACCUUCCCUUCCUCCAAGCCGUUGUCAAAGAGACCUUCCGCCUCCAUCCCUCAACCCCACUCUCCCUUCCACGCAUUGCUUCCAAGGAUUGCGACAUCGAUGGCUACUUGAUUCCUAAAGGUUCCACUCUCUUGGUUAAUGUCUGGUCUAUUGCACGGGACCCAUCCAUGUGGCCCGACGAGCCACUAGCUUUUCAACCUGAGCGUUUUCUUAUGGGCGGUCUACAUGAAAGAGUCGAUCUCAAAGGGAAUGAUUUUGAGCUCAUUCCGUUUGGUGCUGGGCGGAGAAUUUGUGCAGGUUUGAGUUUGGGUUUGAGAAUGGUUCAAUUCAUGACCGCGACGUUGAUUCAUGCCUUCGAUUGGGGUUUGGUCGACGGACAAAUAGUCGAGAAGCUCAAUAUGGAAGAGGCUUAUGGGCUCACUCUUCGUAGAGCUGUGCCUCUAGUCGCUAAGCCAAUGACUAGGCUAGCCCCAAAGGCAUAUCCUAAAGAUGUUUAAGUUGGCUUAUUCGUUUAGGGUUUAGGCAUCAAACUUAUUAUUAAGAUUGUGUGAGUAGGAAAUAUGAAGUAAAUGAGGUUUUGUUUGGCAUAGCUUUCUUAUCAUUUUCUAAAGCAACUUUUAGUACAAAAAUUUAUUGUUCAAUAAAUUUUUGAACUAAAAAACUGAUUUAAAAAACAGUAAAAAGCCGUCACAAACAAACUUAAGAUUAUCUCUUUUUUUUUUACUUGAAGUAAGUUUUAAAAAAGUUUUAAGGUACUGAUAUGGGUAUUGUUAUGAAACGUAAGAUGUAUUCCAUAAAUGAGACUACUUAAAGAAAUUUAGUCUUUGAAAUGAUA